AAAAAAAAAAACACUUCUAUGUAUUUUCCUAUGUUGUUAACCGAGUCUCUGUUUUUUCCUUUUUGCCGGGGUUCUGUUCAGUUUUCCGACCCUUCAACGUCGUAACUCUCUUUUCUCUCCGGUUUUUCUUCCUCAAACCUCCUUUUUUCCAGCUUCUCAGUCACCAAUUCUAUGCAGUUUUGCACCAGAUAAGUACCUUUAACUUCUUUCACUGUUACCCUUCAAGAAAAGGUUUUUAUUUCUGUUUUUUCUUGACCCUUUAAUCAUUUCCCUUUUUUUGCUUAUGGGUUAUUGAUUUCGAGCCUUGUCUCUUUCUUGUUGUGUGAAAGUUAGUUCCUUUUUGUUUUUUUGUCACUGGAUUAGAGGUAUUGUAUUGUAUUAGUCACUUUAUAAUGAUGUUUUUUUGUUCUGGUUAGAUUGGUGAUUCAUUAUGUUUGAUUGUAGAUUAGGUGAAAAAGUUGUUAGGGGUUUUGAAAAGUUUAGGUUUUGGUGUGUAAUGGGUUUGGUAGUUUGAUCUAGGUUGUUGUUUUUGUUUGUGAGAAAAAAUGGAUGUGAAUUUGUCACAAGGUGGUGUUGGAAAAUCUUUUGGUGGAUUUGAUUUACCUGGAUCAAUUCAGGUUCAUCAUCAAGCACAUCAUCCUCACACCAUUCAUCAGCAUCAACCUCAUCCGCAUCCGUGUCAAGGUUCUUCACUGCAUUCAUCGGUUCAUGAUGGGUUUUCUCCCUUGCUGAACUGUGAUCAAACUAUUUCGAUGACUGAUUACGGUAAGGGAGAGAGAAGCAAAAACUCGACUAGUGAUGAAGAUGAGCGGAGUCUUAAUGAGGAUGGUUUUGACGGUCAACAUGAAGGGGGGAGAGGUAAAAAGGGACCGCCAUCGCCUUGGCAGCGUGUGAAGUGGACGGAUAAGAUGGUGAGGCUUAUGAUAACUGCUGUUUCUUAUAUAGGUGAGGAUAUAAGUUCUGAUGGCGGUGGUGGUGGUGGUGGAAGUGGAAGAAGGAAAUUUACGGUUUUACAGAAAAAGGGUAAGUGGAAAUCUGUAUCGAAGGUUAUGGCUGAAAGAGGUUAUCAUGUUUCGCCUCAACAAUGCGAGGAUAAGUUCAAUGAUCUCAAUAAACGGUACAAAAAGCUUAAUGAUAUGUUAGGGAGAGGGACUUCUUGUGAGGUUGUUGAAAAUCCUUUACUUUUGGAUGUAAUUAAUUUUCUUACCGAGAAAGAAAAGGACGAUGUUCGGAAAAUAUUAAGCUCGAAACACUUGUUUUAUGAAGAGAUGUGUUCUUAUCAUAAUGGUAAUCGGUUGCAUUUGCCGCAUGAUCCUGCAUUGCAAUGUUCGAUGCAGUUAGCUCUCCGGAAUAGGGAUGAUCAUGAUCAUGAUAAUGACGAUAUCAGAAUGUCCCAUGUCGAGGAUCAUGAUGACGAUGAGCAAGAUGUUGAGAUUGAAGAACGUGACGAUUUUAAAAUGCACUGUGCUUCCCGUGGUGAGCGGUUAGGUGGAACGAUGAAGAACUUGAAACAAAUCCACAGCCAAGAAGAUGGUAGCAAUAACACUCUUGGUAAUUCUUCAAGUUGUCAAGAUUAUUUCAACCAAGGUUCGCAUCCACGCGGACAAACGGUUCAUUCUGACGGUAACCAAGUUUUACCUGAAAACACGAGAGCAGCAUGGUUACAGAAGCAACGGGUUGACAUUCGGCAAGUUCAAUUAGAAGAGCAAAAGCUACAAAUUCAGGCCGAGACGUUGGUAUUAGAGAAACAAAGAUUCAAGUGGCAGAGGUUUAGUAAAAAAAAGGACCAGGAGUUGGAGAAGAUGAGUCUCGAAAACGAAAGAAUGAAGCUUGAAAAUGAACGCAUGGCUUUAGAAUUGAAGCGAAAGGAAAUGCGCAUCAGCUUUAACUAGGAUAGGAAUACAACUU